AUGGAUCCGAAGGUUGAGAUGGACUGGCCGCAGCCUGUCCUUGUAGAGGUUGCCACGGCCAAGAUCGUCGCCUCCUCGGGCCGGGAGUUCUGGAAGAAUGUUAUGGUGAGUGAGCUGAGGGGGGCGAAAUUUGAAGAGCCAGAGCAGAGGCAGGCGAGUUUCGUGUCCGAUAAGAUCAUGGUGUUGACGCAGGGGUCCACUCAGGAAGAAGUUUCCAGUGCCGUUGCGAAGCUGCACAGUGCCAUGGAGACGAUCAUGCCCAGCGAUGACUUGCACCUGGCGGUGACGAAGCAGAUGUGCGAAGUGAACGCAAUCAUGCGCCCAGAGACUGCCGACAUCGAGCUGCUUACAGAGGCUCUCCAGUCUUCGCAGCAGUCGGCGGCUGUCAUCGUAUGUGCCCUCCAGGCGUUCCCGAAAGGCAGGUGUGCUCUAUCGGCCGCCCAGAAGGUCUUGUGUCAGAGGGAGCAGCUCUUGAAGGACGUUGAGAGAAUCGAAUCGAUCGCCAAGCAGGUUUGCGCUGCUGUCUCUAAGCCUCCCUCGGCCAUGGGUAGUUUGGUAUUCGCAGAGGACGCCGUCAUCACGAACGCCUCGAAGCAGAUGACCGCCAUCCACAAGCUCCUGUCAGGCUCGAACAAGGACAUGGUUGCUCCAUUACUGAGCUCAUCGCUCAAGGAUGCUGUGGAGGCGCUCCGGGUUUCAUCGACGUAUGCUGUGCGCCACAUCGAGAAAGCCUACAUCAAAUUGGCGAAAGAUGCGACGUCGAAGGACGCGGUGUUGGCGGCGGUGGUGCCGAAGUGGUGCCCAGAUUCGUUCCUCAACACCUUGAUCAAGCGUGACUCCGUCCACACCGACUCAUUCAUCUCUGAGCAUUUGCCACGCAUGAAGAGGUUGGUCAGCAUGCGCAGUUGCGUGAAGGAUGCGGUGGCCGUUGCCCACCUGAUGAAGGAGACGGGUAAGUUUGAUAUGAAGGAGAUGGCGUCGGUGCGAGCGACUCUGGUCAGCCUCUCGGGCAGCGAGGCUGUUGGUCUCUUCGCUGAUCAGGCUUCCGACCAGAAUGUGAAGGCAUUCUUGGCGGGCUUGCUGGACACGAUUGGAAUGAAAGAGAUGUUGGUCGACAUGGCAUCGAACGCUCUUACGCCAAUGGCGCAGCGACUUGCCGACAAGUGCAAGGUUAUCUUCCCUGGCGCCGAGAUUACGGAUAUCCCACUUGAGAACGCGGCUGUCGUCGACAAGAUCGUGGAUGCCGAGGGGGUCUUCGGGGGCAAGGGCGAGCUGGACGCAUUGAUUGCCAAGGCCAGGGAGUUCCUCGACCAGCGUUUGGCAGAUCAGGUCGGCUACCUGGCGCUCGUGGCGGAGGUGAUUCGGCCGCUCUGCAGGUUGGACCGCCUCGUCGUGAAGGCGACGGACCGGGGGGCCAGCCGCAUCAGCGACGAGUUGUCUUGGGACGCGUCGGACUUGCGGGUGAGCAAGCAGUUGCUCCAGGGCUUUCAGGCCCGCGUCGACAUGGCCGAGCUCUUCGCGAGUGGGACCUCUGGCACAGGCCGUUUCCACGUUGAUGUCCUGGACGGUGCGGUCCCCAUGGACGCGCAGAAGUUCGUUUGCCAGGCGGAUCGGGUCCUUGCCGCAGUCGCCGAUCGUUGGGCCAGCGACCUCAAGGAAUUGGCUGACGUCGUGACCGCCUGGAUCCCUUCUGAGUUGACCCUCCAUGCGAAGAGCGAGAACUUCCUCGACGUGGAUGGGGUCCUGCUCAGCGCGGUGUGCAACAAGGACUAUAAGCACGUGCUCAAGGAUAACAUGGGGCCCUUCCUUGACGCGCAGAUCAUCAAGGGCGUGCUCGACGUGGAGAAGCACGCGGCGGAGACAGUCGCGCUGACUUACGUCGUCCUCAUGGCCACCGCUAAGAUCCCAGCCAUGCAGGCGCCAGCGGCGCGGAAGAAAGAAGCUGGGAAGCUUCGCGACGAGUUGGGCACUCGCUUCCAGAGGAUGCCGACCACCCUGCAGGAUCGCAUCAAGGCUUUGGAGAAGGGGGAGCAGACUCCAGUCAAGGACUACGACGAGAUCAAGAAGAAUCUCGAGAAGGAGGCGGCCGAGGCUGCCUCUGGCGCGGGCGGCGGGCCCGCCUAG